AUGCCCCGGCGUCACCCCAACCCGGAGGCCCAGGAGGUGGCGCCCAAGUGGUUUCCCGGCGACCGAGAUCUCCGGAGGAGACAGUCGCGGCUGCCCAAGCUGAUUGCGCCCGAGCUCCGAGAGAUCCUCCAGCAGCAUGGCGCGAGGGGCUCGGGGGGUUCGAGGGUCCCGGGAGGCGGCGGCGCGUGCUGGCAAGACCCCAGGCGCGGGUCCCCGGACCCACAGGUGCACCGGGUUACGGUGCCUGGGGUGGGCGUCGAGAGCUUCCCCCGGCUCGCGCCCGCCACGUCCACUGCGGCCCGGCGGGGGGCGCGGAACGCCGCAGCGCUGAGGUCCCGGCCGCUGCCGCCCCUGCUCUCGGCCGGCGCGCCCCGGAGCCUCCGGCCCGAAGAGCGGGGGCCUCCCCAGAGGGGCUUGGACAGGGAGACCUCGUGCUCCUUGGGCGCCUUGAUAGGAAAGUUCCUCCCCAGCAAGUUCCGAGAGUUCCUGCGCCAGCUGGGGGCUGAGAGCCGGGAGCAGCCGCCGCUGACAUCCUCAACAUCGGAACACCAAGGGGGUGUGGCAGAAAACCGCCGACGUUCUCCUCAGUGUCCCCACUGCUCAUUCCUUCCAGACCUGCGAAGGCCUUACAGUACACAGGCCCCCAAGCUCAAGGCUGGCCUCACUCACAGCUCAUCGGGGGAAGGCUCGCGGCCCCGCAGGCGGUGUUGCCCUUUCCGAGUGCGAUUCGCUGACGAGACCCUGCGGGACACAGCGCUCCGCUACUGGGAGCGCAACUGUGCUGUCCAGCAGUGCCUCCUCAAGGAGCGGGCAGCCAGCCAGUCAACAGCGGCAGAGCAAGUGUUCGGGAGUGUGGGAAGAUGGCUGGAGAGUUUGCCCAGAGUGCUGCACCCCAAGACCAGAAAGGAGAAGGCCACAGCCAGCUCCUUGGGCAGUUGGGACUGCCCCAGCCUGCCCCCCCAGGAGCUGCAGGGCCACCUCUCUGAGAAUUCUUCCAUGACCAGCAGCCUGCCCUUCCUCCCCAGAGCCACCACCCAGAGACAGAGGAGGGACCUCCAAACCUACCUGGAUGCCCACAACAUCCUGAAGCAAGUGGGCAAACCACCACGUUCCUGGAGCCAGAAGUUGGAGUCCUUCCUGCCCAAAUUGGUGCUGCAGUCUGUCCUGAAGCGAGGCCACUCUAAGGGGUACCAGCUCCUGCUGUCUUCUACAACACCACAGCAGGCUCAGAGGUGAACUGCUGGAGCCCACGCCCACAGGGGUGGACCCAGGUCAGAGAUGAGGAGAGGCCUCUCUUGCCCCGCAAAUAAAUGCACAUCCCAGGUGGCUGGGACCUGCUGCUUGGUCUCACAGUA